GAGGCCCCGCCGCCCCCCUUUCGCUCUCCCGGGCCUAAGAUGGCGGCCGAGGUGGACUUCGGGGACCGCGAGCUGUUCGAGCAGCUGGAGGCGGACGACGACGACGAUGAGGCGGCGGCAACGGCAGCAACCGGGGCCCCGCUCCACCUCCGCUUCGACGAGGCCACCGAGGAGCUCCGCCAGAGGCUGAGGGGCUGCGAGGAGGAAGUCCGCGCCUUGCAGGCCGAGAAUCGCGAACUCAAAAGAAAAUUGAACAUGCUGAGUCGACCAAGUGGGCUUACAGUAGACGACUCUAAAAUUGAGGGGCCUUUGUUACAGAUUUUGUUUAUGAACAACACCAUAUCCAAGCAAUAUCAUCAAGAAAUAGAGGAGUUUAUAUCUAGUUUAGUUCAAAGAUACGAGGAGCAACAGAGAGCUGAAUCUGACAAAAUCUCCUUCAAUGUCAAGCCGCAGCCGUCUAGUUUUGUAUUGGAAGAAAAUUGUAAAGUGGAAAGCGGAAACCCAUCCAAAAAAAUCAAGGAAGCUUUCAGUGUUGUAGGAAGUGUGCUCUAUUUUGCCAAUUUUUGUCUUGAUAAACUGGGCCAGCCUCUAUUAAAUGAAAACCCUCAGCUGACAGACGGAUGGGAAAUACCCAAAUACCAGCAAGUGUUCACGCAGAUUCUUUCUCUAGAUGGACAAGAGAUCCAAGUAAAGACAAAAAGCAGGCCAAAAGCCCACUGUUUCAAUUGUGGAUCUGAAGACCACCAAAUGAAAGAUUGCUCACAGCCACGAAAUGCAGCCCGUAUAAGUGAAAAAAGAAAACAAUUUCUAGAUGCUUGUGGGGAAGCAGGCAACCCAAACUUCCAGCAGCGGUAUCAUGCGGAUGAAAUUGAAGAGAGGUUUGGACGGUUCAGACCAGGAAUAAUUAGUGAGGAGCUUCAGGACGCCCUUGGGGUGACAGAAAAUACCCUUCCUCCCUUCAUCUAUCGCAUGCGGCAGCUGGGGUAUCCCCCAGGCUGGCUGAAAGAGGCAGAAAUGGAGAAAUCUGGACUAACGCUUUAUGAUGGAAAAGCAUCGCCUGGGAAUGAACCCAACGAGGAGGAGUACUGCCAGCAGAAUCGACAUGUCACUUACGACAUCUCCAAGCUGAUCAAUUAUCCAGGUUUUAACAUAUCCACUCCAAGUGGAGUAACUGACGAAUGGAGAUUGUUUGGUUCUGUGCCUCUCCAGCCAUCUCAGCAGAAAGAAAUCUUCGCUCACUAUCUCUCCACUUACCAUUCGGCAAAGUUCAGCAGUAAGAGGCAAUCUUCUCACCAGAGCUCUCAUCAUUCAAAAAGACACAAAGGAAACAGCACCGAUGUACCAGUAGCAGACAUGGAGAUGGAUUCUGACCUAGACAUGUCACAGAGUUCUUCGGGUUAUGAUGGCUUCCAGUUCCAACCCCCCUUGCCCCCUGGCUCCCCGCAGAACAUGACUCCUCCCCCGCUGCCACGAGGUACCCCUCCAUGCACGCCCCCCAGCUUCACCCCUCCGCAUCCUCCAGCACGUACGCCCCCUCCGCUUCCCCGAGAUACUCCGCCGCUGACCCCUUCCAGCGAUUCGGCGGCCCUGAGAGCUGAGGGCUCUACCAUGGAUGAAGAUACUCUGACCUUGGAAGAACUGGAGGAGCAGCAGCGCCUCAUCUGGGCUGCUCUGGAGCAGGCGGAUAGUGUCAACAGUGACUCUGACAUUCCCGCGGGGACGCCUUUGACAGGGAACUCGGUGGCAUCGUCACCCGCCAGAGCGGAGCCGUGUGCGGUUUUGGAGGAAGUCGCUUGCAAGAAGUUGGAGGUCUCGGCACUUGGACUUUCUGGAAAUGGCGAGCAGACAGCCAAAGGAAAAGCAGAGACUGAGGAUAAUCCGAUCUCGGCGGAUGAAUUGAUCGAUUUAACCGAAGAACCCGAGCCUCUGCAGGCGUCCGCCAGUGAAUUGGUUGACUUAACCGAAGAGGGAGGUCCCCCUUAUGUGCUUUCCGAAGGAACCGCUGAGAACUGCCCCUCGACUUCAGAUAGCAGGGUCCACCACAGCGACCCUCCUGCGGUUGCCGGCGUCAGCGCGUCUUACAAGAACGCCAGCCCCGUGCCUGAUAUGAGCAAGUUUGCGGAAGGCAUCACACCUUUCGAAUUUGAAAAUAUGGCAGAGUCAACUGGAGUUUACCUCCGGAUAAGAAGCGUGCUGAAAAACUCUCCCCGGAACCAACAGAAGAACAAGAAGCCUUCUCUUUGAUGGCCUGGCUUCCACAGCACAGAUUUGCCCGACAGAAACUCCGGCUGCGUUCAUUCAUUUGCAGUGCUGUUCCGUACUUUAUAUAAGAGAACUGCGAAGAGCUGAAAUUUAGAAAAGCAUCAACUUUGCCCACCCUAAACUUGACGUGAUUUAUUUUUGAGAAGUCCAAUGCGGAGGGCUUCCACGUUGACUUCAGUAACAGGCUGGCUGACGAUAAACGUUUUCCAUUCAUAGAAGAAAGAGUUCCUAAGUGAAUUUAUCAUCCUGUGUUGUAUCUUUUGAAGACAUUCUGCUGGUAAUGGGUUAAUUUUUUUUCCUGGCUCCGUUUUGGUUUGUGCGUUACUGCAGCAGCAAUAAGUGGAGGUCAUUUUCUGUGCUGUGUACCUGAAGCCUGUGCUUUCUGCCUUGAGCUGUUUGUUCUGUAGAUAAGGUUACUAUCAUUGGCUUUUUUUAAAAAAACACCAUAUAAACUUUUAAAAACACUUUUCCUUCCAUUUAAAAAAAGAAAGAGAAAUGGUGGCAAUCGCAUGGGAAUAAAUCAGGGAUGGUGUCUACCCUUUUUCAGGAGUUUUAUAAGUAAUUUAUGUGGGUCAAUUUUUUUAGUGCCACGUUUGUUUUUGAUAACAUUGGCAUUUAUUUGAACUUGCUGUACAUAUGCCAGUGCUUGUGUACAGAGGUUUAAUAAACAAGAUUUUUGUAAGUUU